CGGAAGGGUCACGUGAUUUCCAGGAAACUGGGCGCGAGUGGAGGGGGCGGAUAAAAGGGCCAGGCGGGAGGCGGCGCGCCCCGAGCCGAGCACCCACCCGCCCCGGGACCUGCAGGGCUGGGGACGCCACGGCACCAUGGCAGCGCCGCAGAGCGAAGGGGAGGCCCAGAAGCUGCGGUUCGGACCCUGGCUGGUGAACGCCGUCAGCAGCGGGAGGUACCAGGGACUGCGCUGGAUCGAUCCGGCCCGCAAGGCCUUCCGUAUCCCCUGGAAGCACAAUGCCAGGAAAGAUGUCACCAGCAGCGACCUGGAGGUCUUCAAGGCCUGGGCACAGGCGAGUGGUCGGUAUGAGGACCCAGAAGACCCAGCCAAGUGGAAGACCAACUUCCGCUGUGCCCUGACAAGCACCCGCAUGUUUGUGCUGCUGGAGGACCACUCCAAGUGUGGUGAUGACCCACACAAGGUCUAUGCCAUCGCCCCAGGCACCCACUGUCGAGGAGAGGAGGGAGAUUUUGGCAGCCCUGACCCUGUGGUGGACCAGCAGGUACAGCUCAACCCCCAAGACAUUGCUCCAGAAAUUGCCCCCCCAGGCGGCACUGACCCCACACAGCCCUCGACGAUGGAGGACCUGGAGUGGGUGCUGAAACAGUGCGCCAUCUCUUCCCACAACCUGGGCCCUCUGAACCCAUCCUGGAUACCUUCAGGUGAGACUGACACUAUGGGUGGGAGACCCCAGUCUUUUCCCACCAGUGAUUUCUCUGCAGAGGAAGCCCGGCACCGGGACACCCUGCUCCAGCCUCACCCAGAGCCCAGCCAAAACAACUGCAUUGCCCCACCAACAUUUCAGCCAUGGGUGCCCAUGGCAGAGCAGCCUCUCUUGGCCACCUACAGCCUCCCAGGCCCCAUGUUGCUGGGUGAGCAAGGGGCCGUGCCACCACCAUGUCAUGUGCCAGAGGUCACGGUCCCUGUGCCAUCCCCAGGGGAGGGGAUGCUCUUCACCCCCACUGUACUGCCGCCACUGGAGGAUAACUCAGGUGGAAUCAUCCCCAACCUCGAUGUCAGCAUCUACUACCGGGGGAGGCUCUUCCACCAGGAGGAGGUGGUGAACAGCCGGUGCCUGCUGGUGUACCAGCCCUUCGACCCAGCGGUGGCUGGGUGCUCCGGGCACCUGGUGCGCUUUCCCAGCCCCGCCGAGCUGGCUGAUUGCCGGCAGCGGCAUUACACUGAGGAGCUGCUGGCUGGCGUGGGACUGCAGCUGGAGCAACGUGCUUGUAAGCUCUUUGCCACCCGCCUGAAGAAGUGCAAGGUCUUCUGGGCGCUGUCCCGGCAGCUCGAGGGCACCGAGGAACCCUCACCCAACCUGCUCUGCCGGGAUCAGGAAACCCCCAUCUUUGAUUUCAAUAAGUUUUGCACAGAGCUGAGGGACUUCCGCAACAGACAAAGGAAGCGGUCCCCUGACUUCACCAUCUACCUCUGCUUUGGGCAGUCCUUCUGUAAUGCCAAGCCCAAGGAGUCCAAGCUCAUCUUGGUCAAGGAGGAUGGGGCUGUGCAGGCACUGCAGUCACAUCAAGCAGCUGUCCCUAACCCUGCUGUCCCCUGUGGUUUGCUGCCACAGCUGGUGCCCAGGUUCUGCGAGUACUGGUGUGAGCAGGUGCUGCGCGAGGGAGCCUCCUCCCUUGACAGUGGCACCAUCAGCCUGCAGCUCUCUGACUCCUUCAGCCUCUUCGAGCUCAUCGAGCAGUACAACAUGCAGAUGGACUGAGCCCCCCACUCCCCCCUGCUCCCUGUGGCUGCACCAGCUUGCAGGGAAGCACUGGGCAUUGGGGGCUGUGCAAACCGGCAUCCCCCCAGCAACACUGUUGUGGGAUGCUGAUAGUGGGGACCUUUCCUCCCUGGCUCCCUGCACCUCCACCUUCUGGUCCAGGAGCUCACACAUUGCUUUUUCCCUCCAUCAGCUGCUAAAGUGGGUUUGGGGAAUGCGGUCAUUCUACAGAUUUAUUUUCUUAAGUCUUCUAAGUUUAAAUAUAUAUAUGUAUAGAAAGGUG